AUGCUGGUGACAUAUUUGGAAGCCAGCCGGGACCUUUGCGAGACGGACUCAAUUCUUUUUGGCGCAGCACUGGCAGUCUGCCGUAUUAUAGGCGCCAAACUUUCCACGGCUGGACGCACUACUGGACAAAGUGCUAUCCCAGCCUGGAGAACAAGAAUUGAAGAACGUAUCGCAAAGGCUAGGGCCCUCAUCGGAAGACUGAUAUGCUUCAGGUCAGGCAAUACCAGGCCAAGGAUUGUGAGCACCGUCAGGAUGGCGUUUGCUGGGACAAAUGUUAGUUUGUCCCAGCCGGAUAUAAUGCAAAAACUGACGGAGAGCAUAGACGACCUGAAGCAGAGAAUCGCUGCUUGA